UCGCCAGGCCACAGCAUCCUGACCCGGGCCCGGACCCAGACGCCUCGCCCGACACAUCGUGUACUUGCCCCCUCCGACCCCGCGACUCGACCCCUUGGCCGACGAGCCGACGCGGCCCGUCACUGUCACCCAAAAGGAAGCGUGCCUCUUGAGUCUUGAGCGUCCAGACGCCACUUGUGCGAAUCCCGGCAAACGGAAUGCGCCUGCGAACUGCGAGCUUUGUCAGCGUCCUGGUGCUGCUGCUGCCUGUCGUCCUGGGCAGGUCGCUGGUCGGCCAAGGGGCCCGGCAGCACAACGCCGUCGGGCUGUUCGUGUCCAAGGCACAGAGAGGCUCACGAGUAGGCCCUGGCAGCAACCUGUUGCGCAAGUCGCACCUUAAGCUUCGCAACACCCCACCUGACGUGAUGACGGUCGCCGAGUCCGAGUCUCUGGUGGUAGAAUGCGAAGCAGGUGGGAACCCCCCGCCCACCAUCCACUGGCUCAAAAACGGACUCCGUAUCGGACAGGACACGUCGGGAAGCGAACGCACGGAAGAGGACGUGAACCCCGAGGGCGCGCCCAUGCUUGGCCUCAGCUUCACCCGAUCGCGGCUGUACAUUGAUUGCGCGUCGUCGCAGUACGACGAGGCCGAGUACACGUGCGUCGCCCAGAACCCCUACCACCGCAUCAGCAAGAGCACUAAGGUCAAGGUCACCAAGAUCGGCUCGGCUCGCUCCAGCCCCAUGUGCCUCGUGAAGAAGUCCUUCGUGCCCCCCGGCGUCCCUGCCCGCAUCACCAUGUGGACGCACACCCGCCUAGAGCUGAUGGGCAGUACUGUGCAGCUAUUCUGCCGGCCCAUUGGCUCGCCAAAGCCCAGCGUCUCCUGGUUCGGCCCCGACGACACUGAGCUGCAGAACAGCGACAAAUACAAGGUGCUGGAAAACGGUGAUCUCGAGAUCCGAAAUAUUGCCUGGAAUGACAUGGGAGGCUACACGUGCACUGCAGAGAACUCGCACGGAGUGGACCGGACGUCGACCUUCCUCUACCCGACACUGCCGGACAAGGUGUAGGACAGUGGUCACUGCGCAGUCGUCGCUGCUUCCCGCAUUGUGAUGCGAGCUCGUCCUCCAACGUGGCUGGAUUGUUGUACAUAGCGUCGCCGAACAUUCCAGGGUUGUCCGGGCCCACCCCGCCAAGGCUUGCUGCCCGUCCGAGGCCCCUCUGACCCACAUCCCUCUAUUUAUUGUCGACCCCACCCACGACACCUCGUUUCAUCUGCCGGCCCGCCUCGCUUCGCCCCUGCAUCGUAGUGUAAACCCUUUCUGAAAUCGUGCACCGACAGGCACCCAGGGCUGUCAACGCAACGAGAUCCUCUGUCGCGGUAGCUCGACUUAGGUUGUGACCCAAGUGGCCUCUUGGUCCCUCCUCGUUCAAACCAGCAAAGUGAAAUUGUUCUUCACCCCUCAUCGACAAAAAGAAAGAGUAAAAAGAAACCCUCACAAAUCCCUGCGCUCUAAUCGGUCUUUCAUGCUGUAGCGUAGCGAGAAAGCGCUCGGAUUAUGGGGGUCUUAGAAGCUGUCAGGAUGGAGCGGCCGAAGCUAAGCUUUAAUUAUUCGCGUUUUAUUUAAGAUGCGUUUAUUUUUCCCGCGAUUACUUAGUGGUGCGUGAGACAAAGAGAAUGAGAACUUGUCAUGUUUCAUUUUAAGUAAAUUAUGGGAUUUUAGGUGCUAAAACCACUUUCUCAUUAUGAAGCACGCCGUAGUGGAGGACUCCGGUAAUUUCGACCACCUGGGGUUCUUUAACGUGCUCCUAAAUCUAAGUACACGGGUGUUUUCUCAUUUCGCCCCCACCGAAAUGCCGCCGCCGUGGCCGGGAUUCGAUCCCGCGACCUCGUGCUCAGCAGCCUAACACCAUAGCCACUGAGCAACCACGGCGGGUGUGUUUCGUUUUUGUUUGUUCGUUUGUUUGUUUGAUGGCUAAGUUUAACAGGGUUCCGUAACGGUUCCGCGAAAAACCGGGAGCGGUGGUGGCAGCUAUGACGGACGCCAAGCUAAAUGAGCCUGGCAGAAGUGCGUAAAAAAAAAGAAAAAAAAAAAAGAAGUUACUGUGGGCGGCCGCCGCCGCAACCUCCGCAUGAUGCCAUCAUUAGUCUUGCCUGGUUCUUGUCGCUGCCAUCACCGCCUGUCAUCACGUGACCGUUGCGGCGCUCUUUUAAGGGCAGCAGUGGACGUCGUGUUAUUUUUUGCCUUCCAAGCAGUGAGCUGCAACUACAGCUCACUAGCGCCGAGUCGAGAGCGUUUUGUCUGAUAUGCUAAGUCAUCUCAUGCACCACACCACCUGCGUUACAGUAUUACGUGCGAUUUUCGUUUGUUGUAUAUUUUUACUCGCGCGCGCAAGCCUCGGUCGCGUUCCGUGGGACCCUCCUCCCAUACGUCUCCCCCAUUUCCAAAGCGGAUACGCCUCUGGUCUGGUGUGUGAUAUGUCGCGUGUGAAGGAAAGAAAUGCGGUGUGUACGGAAUUACAUUACGACUGGUUGAACGGAUGUUUCAGAGGUUGCUUUUGGAGAGCUUGUCGAUUUUAUUUUUUGUUUCGCGACAACUCUUACACAGGGUCAUUGCAGUUGUUACCUCUUCACGAUACGUGUAGCGCGCUCUUAUCGUCGCCCUUGUGUGACCGAUGUCUUUCAAGUUGCAGUUUUAGCGGCUCUAUACAUGUAUACACCAGCCCGGCGGCUGACUGUGAAAUUUCGGAGAGGGUCUAGUUUGGGCUUGAUUCGAAGAAACUGGUGUACAUACGUAUAGAUGUAUAUCAAGAGAGCAUCAAUGUUGUUUCGUCCAGUUGCGUUUAUUAAAAGUUUGUAUCUCGUACGUGUGCACUCAUA